AUGGACCCAUCCGGACUCUUCCGCCAGCUGCUACGCAUGCCCGUAGGCCACCGUACCGCCCUACUCGCGCCGACGCGUCCGAACGCGCGCGCUUUCGCCAUGUUCGCACACCCGCUGUCCCACCCACGCUUCAUGUCCCUCCCGCGCAUUGUCCAGCCGAGCUUCUGGGCCUCUCUGAUACCCACACCACUCAAGACGCGCUCUGAGAGACCUAGGCGCAAAGAGUGGAACCCCGCUACCCCCUACAUCAUCCUUGGAUUGCUCGUUGGCAGCCAGGCUAUCCAGAUAUUAUGGUUGAAGCAGGAGAGGACACACAACCUUCGCAAAGCCGAAGCGAAGAUUGGGGUGUUGAAAGAGGUCAUUGAGCGUGUACAGAGAGGGGAAGACGUCUCUGUAGAAGCGGUUUUGGGAACGGGCAAUGAGGCCGACGAAAGAGAAUGGGCUGAGGUUCUGAAAGAUAUCCAGGACGAGGAGGCUCUUUUCCAAAGUAAGAAGAGGAGGAAGGCACAGAAAGAUGCUGCUAUGCAAGAGACUGCUCAAACACCGGAUAAGGACCAACAAAAGACACCGAGGACAAAGUUCACAAAACAAGAAGUAGAAAGCGUUGGAGGUGUGAAGUUCUACUGA